CCGCGAUCUUGCCUCCGAUAACCACCCCUCCUACCUCAAUUGGAGCGUGAGUCCUUGCUCUCACAGCGGAAACCCCUUUGACAUCGGUUUUCAUUCGUGCCAAUCGCACGACCAUCAGAGCCCAGCCAUGGAGAUGCGUACGCUAUCGCAGUGUCUUCGCUCGACUGCCCGGCCGACGACGACGACAUCCCUUCUGUAUACGAAGCAAUUCGCCAGACAGUUCCUCCCAGCGAUCCGCUCCAACUCCUCCUCUUCCUCCUCCUCUUCCUCUUCGUCCUCAUCUCCGCCCGCCUCACCCUCUACGCCAUCGUCCACAUCCACAUCCGCCUUCCCCAAGCGCUCACCAUCCGCCUUCUCAAACCUCACAAAACCGCAAGGAGCCUUCGGCGGCGCCCCGUCAUCGCCCCGACCCACCGCCGUCAACGCCACCGCCGACGCCGACGCGAGCAUCGAUGAGCUCUUCAACAAGCUCCGACUGGGCGGCCGCAACGCGCUGUCGGACGAGUCGUCCUCCUCCUCCUCCGCCGCCACGGGCUCGCUCGCCGGCCUCUCGACGCAGGAGAACCUGCGCCUGGCGCCGAAGGUCAACCUGAAGCUGGGGCCUGCCCUCGGCCGGCAGAUCUUCGUCGAGCCCGACCGCGGCAACGAUCUGUCGGCCGCGUUGCGCAUGCUGGCCUCCCGCCUCGCUCAGCACAAAUUGAAGAGAAUAGUGAAGGAGCAGAAGUUCCACGUCCGCAAGGGACAGGUGCGCAAGAACAAGCGGAGUGCUCGGUGGAGGAAGCUGUUCAAGUUCUCGUUCCAGGACACCCUGCACCGGGUGCAGAAGAUGAGAGCCCAGGGUUGGUAAGGUUUUCUAUGUUCUCGGUGUUUCGUGGGGAUAGGAGGCGGGUAGUGGACGGGGGUUCCCGGGGGUGUAUAUAACGAGAUGCGGUCAUGGGGUUUAGGGAGGAAAGAAAGGGUUUUGAUUUUUUGAGAGAUAGGGAGGUAUUGAAGCAACGAUCACUAUAGAGAUUUGUUGCGGGAGGGGGAAAAGAGGGUGUUCCUUGCUCUGUAUACUAAAUUCGGAGAUUGUUUCAUAUGCUAUGGUUUGUUUUUUUUUUUUUU